AUGGCGGACAACUAUACGGAUUACGAAAUAGGCCCCAUGGCUUUUCCUUUGAAAAUGGUUUCAAAGGAGGUCGUAGACCACAUGCUCGGCUGGAACAUCCCCGAAGAACACCAGGACUUGGUUCACGAGCACUGGCGCAACUUCCCGGCGGUCAGCAAGUAUUGGCACUACGUGUUGGCUCUCAUCUACACGGUGCUGAUGAUCACCUCCCUCACUGGGAACGGCAUCGUCAUCUGGAUAUUUGGGACUUCCAAAUCCCUACGGAGCGCCAGUAACAUGUUCGUAAUCAACUUAGCGGUGUUCGACCUGAUGAUGAUGUUGGAGAUGCCACUGCUCAUCAUCAACUCGUUCUACCAGCGGCUGGUGGGAUACCAGCUCGGCUGCGAUGUGUAUGCCGCCUUAGGAUCGCUGUCUGGCAUCGGGGGAGCCAUCACUAAUGCUGUCAUCGCUUAUGAUCGAUAUAAGACUAUCUCCAGCCCCCUGGACGGCAGGAUAAACAGGGUACAAGCUGGACUUCUCAUUGCCUUUACCUGGCUGUGGGCCUUACCUUUUACAAUCCUCCCAACUCUAAGAAUAUGGGGACGUUAUGUACCAGAGGGCUUCCUCACCACCUGCUCGUUUGACUACUUCACGGACGACCAGGACACCAAGGUGUUCGUGGCCUGCAUCUUCGUGUGGAGCUACUGCAUCCCCAUGUCGCUCAUCUGCUAUUUCUACUCGCAAUUGUUCGGUGCUGUGCGCCUUCACGAGCGAAUGCUUCAAGAGCAAGCGAAGAAGAUGAACGUGAAAUCCUUGGCCGCCAACAAGGAGGAUGCCGGCAAAAGCGUGGAGAUCAGGAUUGCUAAAGUUGCCUUCACUAUAUUCUUCCUCUUCAUAUGUGCGUGGACGCCGUAUGCUUUUGUCGCCAUGACUGGCGCUUUUGGGGACAGGGGUAUACUGACGCCUGUAGCGACAAUGAUUCCCGCCGUGUGCUGCAAAGUGGUGUCAUGCAUAGACCCGUGGGUUUAUGCCAUUAAUCACCCAAGAUACAGGGCUGAGCUGCAAAAGCGCCUCCCAUGGAUGGGCGUCCGGGAACAAGAUCCCGACAGCGUAUCGACUACCACCAGCGUUGUCACCGCGUCGGCGCAGACGCAGCCUCCAGCUGAGGCCUGA